AAUAAUAUGCUCUGGUUACAACAGAUUUGUACUGUCAUUGUGUCGUCUCGUCAAAAUUUUGAUUACUCACGAAGCAAGUUUUUAAUUUCGAAUUUGUAACACAAAUAACUUAGUUUCAUAUAUAUUUUCUUCUCCAAUAAGAAGAUAUUUCUAUAUCAAGAUGUUCCUAACCCGUUCUGAAUAUGACCGUGGAGUCAAUACCUUCAGCCCCGAGGGAAGAUUGUUCCAAGUAGAAUACGCGAUAGAAGCCAUUAAGCUUGGAUCGACCGCGAUCGGCAUCGGUACUUCUGAAGGAGUCGUAUUAGCAGUAGAGAAGAGAAUUACAUCUCCUUUGAUGGAACCAACAACUAUUGAGAAAAUAGUGGAAGUAGAUCGUCAUGUUGCGUGUGCUGUAUCAGGGUUGAUGGCGGAUUCUAGAACAUUGAUAGAGAGGGCUCGUGUUGAAUGUCAGAAUCAUUGGUUUGUGUACAACGAGCGUAUGAGUGUGGAGUCAUGUGCGCAGGCCGUGUCCAACCUUGCUAUCCAGUUUGGUGACUCUGACGACGACAGUCGCACAGCCAUGUCUAGGCCUUUUGGUGUGGCCGUCAUGUUUGCAGGUAUUGAUGAGAAGGGGCCUCAACUAUUCCACAUGGACCCGAGCGGUACAUUUGUGCAAUAUGAUGCUAAGGCUAUCGGCUCCGGCAGUGAAGGCGCUCAGCAGAGCUUGAAGGAAGUGUACCACAAGUCGAUGACAUUGAAAGAAGCUAUCAAGUCGGCUCUAACCAUUCUGAAGCAAGUUAUGGAGGAGAAAUUAUCUGAGAAUAAUGUUGAAGUCGUUACAAUGACACCUGAUUCAUUAUUCCAUAUGUUCACUAGAGAGCAGCUGGCCGAGGUCAUUAAAGAUAUUCCUUAACUCACCUCCAUAAGCCUGUAGUUUUCAUUAAUGUAUAUGGAAUCACUGUCAUCGUGGUUUGUUAUGUAAAAGUAAUAUCUUGAGUAAUUUGUGUAUUUUUUUUUUAUCUUAUAAAAUCUGUAUUGUAAGGCCGGUGGAUUAACAAAGUAUUCAGAAUAUUACUUUUAGCGGUACAGCUGAAUAUUAAGUAAGUAUAAGGUUCAAUAAAAACAUCUUUUAUA